AUGAUUAGUUUCCCUAAUGACAUAAGAACGUGCAUCACUUUUCUGACAACGUUCGGGAUUUACGCCUGUCAAGCGCUACGGAACUGUGGAGAUAUUCAGUGCGACGAGGAUGAACGAUGUUGCACUCAGGGCAACGGUAGUGCGACAGUCCGAUGCUGUAGGCUGCCACUGCACACCUUCUUCGACAACAUCGGAUGGAUCGCACGCAAACUGUCGGGCAUCCUCAUUUUACUCCUGCUUUUCGCAAUGGGUUACUUCAUCCAGCGAAUCAUCUGCCCGCGCCCUCGUAGACAUCACGAUAGACCGGAGGAUCCCUCGCUUCUCCAUGGUCACAUCACGGCGUCCCAGGACUCACUGCUAGAUCGAAUCCCGGAGUACAGCGUCGGGGACUUCACCUCACCGGUCUUGCAGCUACCAGCGUAUGACGAGGUGAAGUAUUUACCGACGUACGAGGAAACCAUGCAGGAGGUGGACAGAGACCGGUCGGAUGAUAACCUACUGGCGGCGUCUCAUGGGCAUGGAACAGUUCCAGGGAUAGCGAUGGGAAUGAGGGAAGAGAGAAUGGGGAACUCCAACGCCGUCAGGAUCUCUCGGAACUCUGUUUAA